GACAUUUUGGUCAGACAUGCAUGAAGGAAACGAAAACGGGCCGUUUCUUAUUGUGAACGUCACUGCUAUAAAAUUGGAAAAAAAACGUGUAUACCUCUAACAGAAAUGUGAGCAGUUAGCGAUUCAUUUCAGCAAUGAACAGACUAUGUCUAAAAUUCAGGAAAAUUAUAAUCACCGUCUCCGUUCUGGGUUUACUGCUCUUUAUUUUCCUCGUUCUACAUCAGAAUUUAAGUGACGAUAUACCUACCAGAAAAAAGAACCAAAGAAUAAGCGACGAUUUCCAAGACGGAUCUUACAGAGAUUUAAUCAAUAUACCAAAGAAACUAGAGAACAGUCAUAUAAGCAGACAAAAAAAAGAAAUGGAAGCUGGUAAUGUAGCUGACGAUAGCUUACGACGGGAACUGGCUGAAACAAAAGCUCGUCUGGAACAGUUAGAGAAAAAAAUGGCAUUUCUGGAAGGACGGAUACCAGAGAAAUACCCAGAUGUCGAAUAUCUGGGUUACAAAGAGAGGAAAAGGAUAUUGGUUACAGGAGGAGCAGGGUUUGUGGGCUCACACUUGGUAGACACUCUUAUGAUACAGGGCCAUGAGGUAAUAGUUGUGGACAACUUCUUCACAGGCCGGAAACGUAAUGUUGAACAUUGGUUCGGACACCGCAACUUUGAAAUGAUCCAUCAUGAUAUUGUAAACCCGUUGUAUGUAGAAGCAGAUGAAAUAUAUCACUUAGCUAGUCCAGCAAGUCCACCACAUUAUAUGCAGAAUCCUGUUAAGACAAUCAAAACUAAUACUUUAGGCACAAUUAAUAUGUUAGGUUUGGCACGGCGCGUAGGUGCUAAAAUUUUAAUAGCAAGUACUUCAGAAGUGUAUGGUGAUCCCAUGGUGCACCCUCAGCCAGAGUCCUACUGGGGUCACGUCAAUCCGAUAGGGCCUCGUGCGUGCUACGACGAAGGCAAGAGGGUCGCGGAAACGUUAGCAUAUUCGUAUGCUAAGCAAGAGAAUGUGUCGGUGAGGGUCGCGAGGAUCUUCAACACGUACGGGCCCAGGAUGCACGUCUCAGACGGACGUGUCGUCUCCAACUUCAUUAUGCAAGCCUUACAGAACCUUACCAUUACUGUAUAUGGUAAUGGAAAGCAGACGCGGUCGUUCUGCUACGUGUCAGAUUUGGUGGAAGGUCUGUUGGCUUUGAUGGCUUCUAGUUACACCCUGCCUGUAAAUAUAGGAAAUCCGGUAGAGCAUACUAUAGAAGAAUUCGCAAAGAUAAUAAAGAAUCUAGUCCCUGGGUGUCGCAGUACGGUUGCGACGGGCGCUGCUGUGGAGGACGACCCGCAGAGGCGCCGCCCAGACAUUACCGUGGCUGAGAAACACCUCAACUGGUCACCCAAGGUCACCUUAGCAGAGGGACUGCAAAGGACAAUAGAUUACUUCAAAGAAGAGUUGUCCAGAAAAACUUUUAAUAAUAAUCAAACUUACAUCAAUAUUAAAGUAAAGAACCCUCACUAAGACAGAAAAUGCCUUAUCGGCUUUUUGUAUAAAUUGUGAUACUAGAGUAAUCAAAUCAAUCAUCCAUUGAAGUGGAGUACAAUUGUGAAAUAAAUGAAUAUUAACAAACCGUUUUCUCGUUACGUUAACUAUGACUGGGUGUGGUGAACUACCAUUUUAAUUUUUUAUGUGUUCAUUAUUGUUUUGAAUAAAUAUUUCGUAUAAUUUUA